AUGUCUCCUCGCACCUGUCUGACGCUAGAACAAAAGCUCCAAGUGCACCUAAAGCUCAAGCAGAAUCCUGGCAUGAACAACCCCAUGCUCGCCGAGUGGAUCUACGCAACUUUCAAGGCCCGGGUCAGCCGUGCCACACUCGCCCGACUGCGCAACCUGCCUUCUUCCUACUUCAGCCACGUCGACCUGAGUGCGACCAAGCGGCGCCGAGUGAAAUUCCCUCAGUUCGAGCGGGAACUGAGGGAAUUUUUCUUUCAGAACGAAGCUAAAACGGCGAUGGCGGACGACGUGCUCCUGCUGAAGGCGCAUGAGCUGGCGGAGCGCUUAGGAGGAAGAGGAGGAACAGGAACCCGCAGUUCAACCUGCCAUUGCUCUGAGACACUGCAUGGAGCUGGCUGCAUUUCUGCUGCAAUGCGGAGAGCAGACUGA